CAAACCUUUACUAGCAGUAGGCAUGUUAACAUGGCGUUACUCAAUAUUCUGUUUGCCGCUACAAUUCUUUUUCCUGUUGAUGGUUAUGUAAGGGUGGAUAAUUAUCAGCACUCAGUUUACAUUCAAAAGGAACGGAAUGGCAUCUUUAAACAAGCAUCAAGUAUAACCUUUCUGGAACCAGCGAUCUACGACUUUAUGUCUGUUGAUACUGAAACGGAGGUAGAUGGUGUCAGUCAGAGAGGACACUUAGUACAAUUCUACAAGUAUGAUGACAACUUUCAUUUCGCUGUUUUCCCACGACCAUAUCUUAGAUACUACUUCACCAACGAAUUGUACUACCAGAAUGUAUCGAAAAUCUUAAUGGAACAGAUGACAGACAACCCUGUUAUUCGUGUGAGGACGUAAACAAUUGGGAUAAUCUUUAAUUCAAAGUUAGAUACGACAUUUAAUAGAUAUUUCUCAUACAUUAUCGUUCAUGUAUUUGUACUGUUAUUAAUCUCCUGUUUGAACAUUCCAAUAUAUAAUACUUUGAUAAAAAUAAAUGAAUUCAAUGUCUACAAUCAAAACAAACAAAUGGUUAAAAACAUUAUGGUUG